AUGGACCAGUCGUCUCCAACCUACAUGCUUGCCAACUUAAGCCACUUGCAUUCAGAACAGCUUCUGCAAGGCUUGAACCUCCUUCGCCAGCAUCACGAGCUCUGUGACAUUAUCCUUCGAGUUGGCGAUGUCAAGAUCCAUGCCCACAAAGUGGUGCUUGCCAGCAUCAGUCCAUACUUCAAAGCCAUGUUCACGGGAAACCUUUCUGAGAAGGAGAACUCGGAGGUGGAGUUCCAGUGCAUUGAUGAGGCGGCGCUGCAGGCCAUUGUGGAGUAUGCCUACACAGGGACUGUGUUUAUCUCGCAAGACACUGUAGAGUCACUUCUCCCAGCUGCGAAUCUUCUCCAGAUCAAACUGGUAGUGAAGGAGUGUUGUGCGUUUCUCGAAAGCCAGCUUGAUCCUGGCAAUUGCAUUGGGAUUUCUCGUUUUGCAGAGACCUAUGGCUGCCACGACCUCUACUUGGCUGCUAACAAGUACAUUUGUCAAAACUUUGAAGAUGUUUGCCAGACAGAAGAAUUUUUUGAGCUUACGCAUUCUGAAUUGGAUGAAAUAGUUUCCAAUGACUGCUUGAAUGUUGUGACAGAAGAAACUGUUUUUUGUGCACUAGAGUCCUGGAUCAAAUAUGAUGUGCGCUUGGCACAGCUGCUACAUUGUGUUCGAUUGCCGCUGCUGAGUGUGAAGUUUCUUACGAGGUUAUACGAAGCAAACCAUCUCAUUCGUGAUGACCAUACUUGUAAACACCUGCUCAAUGAGGCCCUAAAAUAUCACUUUAUGCCUGAACACAGACUUUCCCACCAGACCAUGCUGAUGACACGACCUCGCUGUGCUCCUAAAGUUCUUUGUGCUGUAGGAGGAAAAGCUGGACUGUUUGCCUGUUUGGAAAG